AGUGAUGUGCAUCACUGUUCCUCAGUAGCUCAGCUGGACUGUGAACUCACCAUGUUUUUCCACUGUGAGCUGGUCGUACUGAUACUUGCACUGACUCUUGAUGAUCAAGUUCAUACAGGGCAAAUCUAUGGAGGACACGAGGCUAAGGCACACAGCAGGCCAUACAUGGUGCUGUUGGAGCGGCACAUGCAGAAUGGUGAAACAUAUUACUGUGGUGGCUUCCUUCUGAACGAGGAUUUUGUGAUGACUGCAGCCCACUGCCAAGCCAAGUCCUUCACAGCGUUACUAGGAGUUCACAAUGUCCAUAACAAUAAUGGAAUACAUCGUAUAUCUGUGGAAGAUAUGUUUCCACAUAAAGACUACAAUGCAACUGAAUUAACAAAUGACAUAAUGCUUCUUAAGUUGAGCUCUAAGGCACAUUUCAGCAACAAUGUGAGACCCAUUGCUCUCGCAGACCGAGGUGAUGGCUCUCUGCCAAAAUUAUGUUCAGUCUCUGGCUGGGGAAGAAAUGACAGAAACUCAAAAUAUAUGUCUUUGAAACUCAUGGAAGUCAAUGUAACACUCAUUGACAGUCAGUGGUGUCGUGAGAAAAAUGUGUACUGCUCCAAGGGAGAGGCUGGACCGGGUGAGGGAGACUCUGGUGGUCCGUUGGUCUGUGAGGAUGGAAAAGCGUACGGGCUGGUGUCUGCCUCACACAAAACAAACCCAGAUGGCCUGUUUGUCUAUUCUUACACUAAGAUACCUGAGUAUCAAGACUGGAUUAAACAGAUUAUUGGACAUAAUGGAAAGUUCUAAUGCAUCAGAUCACAACAUUUGAAUUUCAGGUUAUUGUGUAACAUUGCAGAAUUACAGAGCUGAUGAUUGAGAUGCCAGUAUCUACUCUGAUUCUAUUAUCACAAGGACUGCCAAAUUAAAGUCUGGACUUGCUUGCUAAACACAAAUUUAAUAUCUCUAUUUUAUUUUAUUUUAUUUAUUUAUUUUUUGCUGCUGCAGUGCAUGCAUAUCUGUCAGUAAACAUAAGGCUAUUGUAAGGACAUUAGAAAUUUAAAUCAAGCAUAUCAUGACACAAGUCUAGUGUGGUGUCAUCUGAAAUUUCAUUCUAGAGUUAAUGCUAAACAGAUGUAAUGUCUAUUGUUUUCAUACACAAUAUAUCCUUUGCUCUUAAAUACAACAUUAUAUAUAUAUAUAUAUAUAUAUAUAUAUAUAUAUAUAUAUAUAUGACACAUUACUGCUUUUUGUAUGUUCUUUUAGACUAGAUUGAAUGAGAACAAAUUUGCUUUGUACCAUCUUUUGAAAAAAUAAACUGUUGCUCUCUCACAAUGUUCUCUCAGUACCUCUGCACACUCCACUUGUACAAGAACAUUUUGGUUUCAAUUUUGAGAUUGCUGAUUUUAUUUUAAUGCCACUCCAAAUUUAACUGGAGCAUGCUUAAACCCAACAAAUGGAAUAUGAUGCUGCAAUUAAAUAAAUAACAACUCAUAAUGUAUUGUACUUGUA